CUGCAAUACUCCCCGCCUGCUUUAUCUUUUAAACAAAGCGUUGUUUUUAAAGAGCUACAGCCAUGUGCGGCUCAGUCGGAUUCUUGAGCUGGUUGAGCGUGCAUCAUUCACCGGGAGCAAACAUUUGGAAACCAGCAGAGCUUUGUGAACUUGAAGCAAAACAAUGACGACCAAGAUAAAGCAAAACAUAUCCGGUCGUGGGCUACAUGUCGUAUUAUUACUGUGUGCGCUACUCAUUUCCGUGCCAAGCGCCACUUGCAAGUGUUAAACAAUUGAUUAAGCGUUAUAGAUACUUACUUAUGUUUAUAACUAACCAUAACUUUCCUUUAGCAGCCGAUUUAGAAGAUGAAGUGGCAAAUGCUAAUGUAAGCGCCCUGGAUCGUCUCCGUAUGAAUACAAUUAUAUACGACGUGAAUUCUCCGCCCACCGAGAAAGGCAAGCCAAGCAACAUAACACUAGCAAUCAAUGUGGCUUACUUAGAUAUCGAUGAGCUAAGCGGCAAGGUUACGAUACACUGUUGGUUGAAUAUUCACUGGCGAGACGAUCGGCGAGGUUGGCAGCCCAAGGACUACGAUAACAUAACCACGCUGACUGUGCCCUCGGACUCCGUGUGGAAGCCACAGAUAACGCAUUUUAAUGGCGCUGAUGAUGCCACAUUUACAGUGGACACACCGUUGCAAUUUAGGGAUAAUGGCUAUGUGAUGUGGAAUCCACCGGCUGUAUAUACAGCGUACUGCAAUCUCAAUAUGCGCAGCUGGCCUUACGAUAAACAAACCUGCAAGUUUAAUAUCGGCACUUGGGCACAGAAUCACAUUGACGGCGCCUUAUGGGUGCAUCCGCAAACGUUGAACUUUAUGGACUUUAUGAGGUCCAGCGAGUGGGAAAUUGCGGACUGGAAGACUAAAAACGUGGACGAGUUGCUGUAUGAGUUCGUUCAGUUUACAUUUGUCUUGCAAAGACGUUCAUCCAUGUAUACGGGCGUGAUAUAUAUUCCUGCGUCUUGCGUGUUGCUGUUGGCGCUGUCAUGCUUCUGGCUGCCACCACAAAUGGGCGAGAAAAUAAUGCUCAAUGGCAUACUUAUUGUACUGGUGGCGGCAUUCCUGAUGUACUUCUCCCAAUUGUUGCCCGUGUUGGCUGGGAAUACGCCACUUAUAAUUAUCUUCUAUGGCUAUUGUUUGCUGCUGCUUAGCUUGGGCACCAUUAUCGAGGUUGUGGUGCUUUAUUUGGCCACCGCAGAGCACAAGCGUCGUGUACCGGAGCUGCUGAAGCGUUGGCUGCAUGGCAAGCUGGGCGACUUACUGCUGCUGUCAAACUUUAUCAAUGAGGCUGAGCCGCAGGCCAGUCAAAGCAAUGGUCGUGCCAAGGAGCUGGAGGAGAACCCGUAUGAGGAUAUCAGAACACCUUUGGAUAUUAAUCCCACAGAGACGCCUUCGACGCGUGCACUACAGUUUGAUUGGCUGUUGCUGGCCACCGCAGUGGAUCGCAUUAGUUUCUGUAUAUUCACUUUAACUUAUUUACUGCUAAUCUUGCUGUAUGUUCUAUGAAUAACGGCUAUUUUGUAUUAGCACU